AUGUUUGACUUUCCAAAUGAGGACAUCAUAUUUAUCAGAGAUUGCAAUAUUCCAGGCCCCGAUAAAGGACCCGAACUAGGAUCACGAUGGAAGAUCGUGUUCGAUGAUGCUUAUAGUGCUCGAGGUUAUGGAAUAAGAGCAAUUGUCACUUCUCCAACUAGUUUUCAUCUUCCAUUCACCGCAAGAUUAUGCUUUGACUGCACCAAUAAUAUGGUAGAAUAUGAGGCAUGUAUCUACGAUAUUGAAGCAACCAUUGAUUUGAGAAUUAAGAUUCUUGAAGUAUAUGGAGACUCCGCUCUGGUAAUCAGACAGGUUAAAGGAGAUUGGGAGACUCAGGAUAGUAAGUUGUUUCCUUACAUAGAGCAUAUCAUGAAGUUGUUUUCCUAUUUUGAUGAAAUCACUUUUCAUCAUAUCCCAAGGGAAGAGAAUCAGCUAGCAGAUGCUCUAGCCACCCUGGAAUCCAUGUUUAAAGUCAAAUGGAGGAAUGAAGCACCUGCUAUUUGCAUUGACCUCUUGGAUGAACCAGCACAUUGUCUAGUAAAUGAGGCAGAAUCUAACGAUAAACCUUGGUUCUAUGACAUAAAAAGAUAUCUGGAAAAAUAA